AUGAGUGCAAAAUUACUAUCGCGCUACCCAUGGGCAUUAAACCCCUUUAUCAUCAGCGCGCCGAUGCGUGUAAUGUCCGGCCCAACAUUGGCAGUCGCUGUCUCACGCGCCGGUGGCUUAGGAUUUAUCGGGCCUGGUAUCAAAACCAAAGAUAUUAGCAUUGACCUUGAAGAAGCAUCUGCUCUACUCCAAACAGGCGUCUCAUCGCCAAUACUCAACACUUUACCACUCCUACCGGUUGGAGUCGGCUUCCAGCUCUGGGGAGACGAUCUGAACGACGCCAUUACCGCGGUUGAGAAAUACAAUCCAUGUGCAGCUUGGUUAUAUGCCCCCAAAGAAAGUGCAAAAGAGUACGAGGAGUGGUCGCGCCAGAUCCGCCAAGUAUCUCCCCAAACCCAGAUCUGGAUCCAGAUCGGUACUUUAGGCGAAGCGAAGCAGCUUCUGCAGAUAUCUCAGAAGCCAGAUGUUAUUGUCGUGCAAGGAGCCGAGUCAGGAGGCCACGGUCGGGCGAACGAUGGUAUGGGAAUCAUGUCACUGUUUCCCGAGGUAGCGGACGCUGUUGCGAGCAGCCAAAUUCCCCUGGUAGCAGCAGGAGGGAUUGCUGAUGGUCGCGGGGUGGCAGCGGCAUUAUGUCUAGGUGCUUCGGGUGUAGCUAUGGGGACUCGGUUCCUAGCUGCCGAGGAAGCGCGCAUUAGUCGGGGAUACCAAAAUGAGGUCGUGCGUGCGUCAGAUGGGGCUGUGAACACGACGCGAACGCUGCUGUAUAACCAUCUCCGGGGUACGUUUGGGUGGCCGACUGCGUACAGUCCAAGGACUAUUAUCAACAAGUCUUUCGUGGAGUACCAGGAAGGCACUCCCUUUGAUGAGCUGAAGAGUCUUCAUGAUGAUGCUUUGAAGGCCGGUGAUGACGGAUGGGGGCCAGAUGGCAGGCUUGCGACGUAUGCAGGCGCAUCUGUUGGAUUGAUUCAUAAUGUUGCUAGUGCGGAAAAUAUUGUACGAGAAGUGCAGGAAGAUGCUGUGGAGAAAAUCCAGUCCUUGAGAUUUGACUGA